ACCUAGCCUGCCAACCCGUUUUAUUUUGCGACAUUAAAACAACAAUGCUUCAGCGACUUUGCAGGCCACGACUCAUUAAAGUGCCGCUGUCAUAUUGUGUUGGCAGCAAACGUCACCAUGCGAGCACACCUGCCACAGAAUCAGACACAGUUCCGACAACAACAACAACUAAGAAAUUAUCUCUGGAUGCCGGCUUUACGGACUGGCGCCCAAUUUACCAGUUGCCCAUGAUACGAUUGAUAGCAGCUUUUAAUCGACUUAAAAUCUAUCAAGCAGCAGUCACAGCGGCUGGGACGCCUCUGGCCUUUGGAUUGGUUCAGGCUGGCCAGGUGUCUGGAGAAGCACUGGGAAUUUGUACGGCAAUUGGGGUCAGUGGACUGAUUACUCUGACAUUGGGUAGCGUCGUUGCUUCCAAUGUCAUUGGCUUCAUCUACAUCAAUGACCAGCAAGAUCAGUUGAAAUUGGCCUACGUUGAUUUCUGGGGACGACGUAAAGAGACCCUUGUAGACAUUGAGGACCUGCUGCCCGACUGGGAACUGAAGAGAAAGACAAUGCGUCUAGGAUUCUAUCAGCCAAUUUGCCUGCGCACAGAUAAAAAGCAGCGUUACAAAUUGCUGCAACGUUUUGGGAUCAUAACGGAUCCUUUAAUAUUCGAGGGUCUGUUCGGGCAAUAGAUACUUAUCAAUUUGUUGUAAAUAUUCUUAGACAAUUUUAUAUUUUAUUGUAAUUGACAUUAAAAAGUCAAUGGGAUUUUAUUUAAUACGAUCCGUAGAUGCUUAUAUUUGGUAUAUAAAAUGUGUAUAAAAAUAUCAAUAUAGAGUAUUCUUAAUGAAACC